AUGCCUCAUAAGCACAAGAGACGCGAGCAAGAUGCCUCGCUUUUCGAUCUCCCACCUUCCAUGAUCGCAAAGUCACUUCCAGUGCGCGAUCCAGCAUCCAAGACCAAUAAUGGCAAGAACGGCAAAAACGGCAAGAAGCCCCAACAGAAGCAAAAUGACCCGACCAAAAAGCCAUUGGGUCCUGCAACCAGUCGCCGCAAGGGUGCAAAGGAAGAUGACACCCCGAAAGCCUUCCAGCGCUUAAUGCAGUACAGAACAACAGGCAGACGGGCCCCCUCCGGCCUAGAAACCGGCGAGAAGAGGGAAAAUAAGAAGCGCAAGCUCGAGGAAUCGGCAGACACCAAGAAAGGGCCUAAGCAGAAGAAACCUGCCACCACCGUCUCUGAGCAAGCCGCGUCCAAUGUCGACGGCAAGAAGGCCCUGCCGAAGAUUCUACCGGGCGAGAAGCUAGCAGAUUUCGCAGCGCGCGUUGACCGUUCGCUCCCGCUUUCAGAAAUGACCAAGUCGGCUAAAUCCGGUGCACCUGGCAUGCGAACUCACAAGAUGACGAAGCAUGAGAAGCAUCUCCGCCGACUCCAAGAGGGAUGGCGGAAGGAUGAGGCGCGGCUCAAGGAGAAGGAGCAGGCCGAGCGGGAGGAGCGGGAAUUCGAGAUGGGAGACCAGUUGGAACUUCUGAACGAGUGGGAGCGUGAGAUGCGGGGUGGAAAGAAGAAGAAGAAGAAUGUCGUUAAGAAGAAGGGUGAUGAUGCGGGUAGUGGUGAUGAUGACCCGGACCCUUGGGCUAAGCUGAAGAAGCGGGAUAAGGAGCGCAAGGCCAAUCCGUUUGAAGUGGCUCAGGCUCCACCUACUUUGGCGAAGCCGAGGGAGAUCUUCAAGGUUCGCGGUGGUGCGAAGGUGGACGUUGCUAACAUUCCUAAUGCUGUGGGAAGUUUGAGGAGACGAGAGGAGUUGGCUGGGGAGAGAAGGACUAUUGUGGAAGAGUACCGGCGUUUGAUGGCCGAGAAACGGGGAGAAUGA